CUCCCUCCGUAGUCCUCCGGUCCGAUCCGCGUUCCGCUUGCUGUCCCCACCUGGGCACCAGUCUCGAACUAUCAGCCUGGAGCACCCGCCCGGGGAGCAUCUUACACCCACCGUCCGCACCCUAGGAGCCUCGUUACCCGCGCUUUUUUACUGCCUCUUUCCGCGUUUAGCUGGGCUGAGCUGGGCCCAGCCUCUACGCCGGCUUUAUUCCGGUGAGCGCGGGGAAUCCGGGACGGACUCGGUAUCCCAGCAACUCGCUCCUACAGGAGCGGACUGCCUCCAUGGCCUCCAAGAAAGCCAGUCCGGACAGCGCAAGGUCCUAGGAGCCAAAAUUCCGGGAAGCAGGGAGCAUGGUGGGGGUCCUAGCCAUGGCGGCUGCAGCUGCUCCCCCUCCUAUGAAGGACUACGAGAUCGAGCCAUGCAAAAAGCGAAGGAAAGAAGGUGACAGAUCUUCAUGCAAAACAAUUACAAAAUAUUUAUCACCAGUAGGGAAGACUGGAGACGGAGUUUUCGCUUCACCAAAACCCAGUAAUAUUUUGGAUUAUUUUAGAAAGACUUCACUCACAAAUGAGAAGACACAAUCAACAAGAGCGUAUAAGAUGAAGUCAUCUACAUCAUUGUCCAUUGACAGUAGCAAAGACUGUAAGGCACCUUUGGAAAUAUUCUCAAAUAAAGAUCUUAAGAAGAAAGGAAAAAGGGUUAAUUUAUCUCAUCAACUAAAUAAUAUUAAAACUGCAAGUGAAUCUCCAACUGAAAUUAAUAAUGAUGAUAGCAAAGAAUACUCUAGUUUAAGUAGUGAUUUUGAGGAAAGUAGCACUUCUGUUUCACUUUAUCAGAAACAUGUAGAGGUAUUUGCAGAAAGCAUUCAGGAUAUAAAAAAUCAGUCAAAUACCAUGACCUCCAAGAAAGAUUCUAAAAAAGUAAGUCCUCGACAAGGGACCACAAAAAAUGAUUGCAAAAAGUUGAGAAAAAGGAAGAAGAAAGAUGUAAUAGAUCUAUCUGAAAGUUUACCCUUGGCAGAAGAUGUAAAUAUGCGUAAAGAAGAUGGUAAAGAUAGUAAACAGAGAAUGCCUUUACUAACUAAUGAAAUUGAGGCUACUACAAAUGAUGUAAACUCUAGAAAUACUGUAACUAAAAUAGCCCAGCUAAAUGAUACUACAAUAACUGUCUCAUAUGAGGAAUUUUUAAAAAGUCACAAGGAAAAUAAAGGGGAACAGAUACCAGACUCCACCGUGUCCAUUUGUGUUCCUUCUGAAACUGUUGAAGAGAUAGUCAAAAGUGGUUAUAUAAAUGAUACAGAAAACUAUGAAAUUUCCCACCAGGUACGCUUUAAGACAGUUACUGUUCUUGCGCAAGUUCAUCCUCUUCCUCCCAAAAAGACUGGGAAAAUACCCCGAAUUUUCUUGAAACAAAAGAAACAAAAGAAAUUUGAAACAGAAAAUAGUCUAUCUGAUCCUGAGAAUGAACAGACGAUUCAGAAAAGAAAAUCUAAUGUUGUCAUACAGGAAGAAGAAUUAGAAUUGGCUGUGUUGGAAGCCGGAAAUUCUGAAGCUAUGAAACCAAAAUGCACUGUAGAAGAAAGACAGCAGUUUAUGAAAGCAUUUAGGCAGCCAGCAUCAGAUGUACUUAAAAGUGGAGUUAGAAAGUCUUCUGAUAAGCAGAAAGACUUUCAUGAAAAAUCUCAAAAUGAGGAAGGAAGAGAUAAUUUAAAAAAAAUCAUGGAAAAUCCUAGCAUCCAAAUGGUUUUAAAUAAUGACAAUUCACAAUCACGUACUGACAAAGGAGAUUUUCUUAAGGUGAAAAGUAAAAAGCUAAAGAAGAAGGGUAAGAAAACAUUAGAUACUGGGACUAUUCCAGCUGAAAACAGAGAGGGAAAUACUCAAAAGAAAGAAACAACCUUUUCCGUAAAAGAUAAACAGAAUCAAAAUAGGCUUAGAAUGAGUUUAAGACAAAAGAAAACAGAAAUUUUCAAAAGCAACACUUUAUUUAACAGAGAAAGUCUUGUUUAUGUAGCAAAUGAUGACCCUUUAAAGAUUUCCCGUUUGUGUAACAACAAUAAAUCGUCAAGAAAAACGAGCACACCAGUUAAAGAUGAUAAGGUUAUGCAUUCUAAAGCUGAACCUGAAGACAGCUUGGUAAUUGUUUCCACACCCAAAUCAGCCAGAAGAUCUAUAAGAAGUAGAAGCAUGCCUGCUAUAAUAACCAUUAGCGAUAUUGAUUCUGAAGAUGCACAAGAUAAUACAGUAAAAGCUUCCUCUCCAAAAGCAGCCAGCUUAUCAGAAAAGCAUAGCUUAUAUACAGCGGAAUUAAUAACAGUACCCUCUGAUUCAGAGAGCCCUAUUAGAAUGAAAUUCACCAGAAUCAGUACUCCCAAAAAGUCUAAGAAAAAAUCGAAGAAAAGAUCGGAGAAAUCUGAAGCAACUGAAGAAGAUUUUACUUCUCCAAUUAGAAAGGCAAGCAAUGCUUCAAAAAAUGUAUCAAAAGCAAAACAAUUGGUCGAAAAGGCAAAAACUUUACACAUCAGUAGGUCAAAGGCCACUGAAGAAGUAGCAACACCCUUAAGACGUUCCUCUAGACAUCAGACACUUCCUGAAAGGAAGAAAUUGUCAGAAAUAGAAGACUCUGUAAUAAUAGUAGAUUCAAGUCCUACUUCUUUAAGACAUCCAGAGAAAAAUCAGAAGAAACUUCAGUGUUUGAAUGAUGUGCUAGGAAAAAAACUUAGCAAGUCCACUAAAAAUGUACCAGGAAAAGUGAAAGUUGCUCCUGUAUUUCUCGUCAGAAAGGAACAAAAACCAGUCAAUCCUAUCCUUGGUUUUGAUGAAAGAAGUCAAGAUACAUCUGAAAAAUCUCAGGAUUGCGAUGUACAAUUUAAAGCAAAACGUGACUUCCUAAUGAGUGGUUUGCCAGAUUUGUUGAAACGACAAAUCGCAAAGAAAGCUGCUGCAUUGGAUGUGUACAGUGCAGUGAGUGCCAGUUUCCAGAGAGUUGUUCAUGUACAACAAAAGGAUGAUGGAUGCCAUUUGUGGCAUUUGAAACCACCUUCUUGUCCUUCGUUAAUUAAAUUUAAAGAACUCAGUACUAAAGUAAUAGAUCUUUCAAAAUGUGUUAUUGCUCUUGGUGAAUUUUCAACAUUGGAUUCAGAUUCAAAAAUUAAUAGUUCUGCAGUUGUGUUUGUGAGGACAAGGAAGGAUUUUCCUGAAGAAGUAAGAAAUCUUUUGCUGGAGGAAAUUAAGUUUUCAAAUCCUGAAUUUUCUUUAAGAAAGUAUUUUCCCUUGCUCUUGAAAAAACAAAGUGAGCACCAGCUACUUUCAGAGUGCCAUGGAAAACAAGAAAGUCUACAAUUGGAGCCUGAUGUCAAUCAAAAAGAAACCAAAAGGAAACGAGUAGAAACAGAAAAUCAUAAGUCAAAAAGAAAGAAACCAAAUGAAUAUUCAGAAAAUCUGGAAAAGAUAAAUGGGAAGCCAAAGGAACUUGACAAAAGAAAUAGCUCUUCUGGAAUCAAGAUAGAUGCUUCCAAAGGUAUAUUUUCUAAAACAUCCCAGAAGAAACAAACUGCUUUGAGUCCGUGUAAAGUACAAACAGAAGCGGAAGAUUUUGAUGUUGUGAUAAUAGAUGAUGACAAAGAGACUGCAUCAGAAGUAUCUUCUUUUCCUGAUUCUGGAACUGAAGACAUGCUCUGGACAGAAAAAUAUCAACCUCAGACUGCCAGUGAACUCAUAGGCAAUGAGUUAGCUAUAAAAAAGUUACAUAGUUGGUUGAAAGACUGGAAAAGAAGAGCUGAAUUGGAAGAAAGACAAAAUUUGAAGGGAAAAAGAGAUGAGAAACAGGAAGAUUUCAUGGCUAGCAUAGACUUUAAAGGCGGGUCAGAUGAUGAAGAAGAGAGUCGUCUUUGCAAUACUGUUCUUAUAACAGGGCCAACAGGAGUGGGAAAGACUGCUGCAGUGUAUGCUUGUGCUCAGGAGCUUGGAUUUAAGAUAUUUGAAGUGAAUGCCUCUUCCCAGCGCAGUGGUAGACAAAUUCUAUCUCAGCUGAAGGAAGCUACUCAGUCUCAUCAAGUAGACAAACAAGGUGUAAACUCACAAAAACCCUGUUUUUUUAAUAGCUACAACGUGGGCAAGUCACCAAAAAAAUUAAACUCCCCUAAGAAAGUUGUUACAUCACCAAGAAAACUACAUCCACCAUCACCGAGAAGUACUGGACCAAAGCGUGCACUUCCCCCUAAAACAUUGGCAAAUUAUUUUACAGUAUCUUCCAAACCAAAAAAUAAUGAAGAAACAGCAGCACUUCUAGCAAAUAAUAAAGGAAUCAAAAAUUCUUUUGAACAAAAACAAAUUGCUAAGACUAAUUCUACAAAUGCAUCUAAGUCAAAUGUCAGAGAAUUUGGAGCCGAGGAACCUGGCAGGAAAAAUGCAACAUCUCUUAUUCUUUUUGAGGAGGUUGAUGUAAUUUUUGAUGAAGAUGCUGGGUUUUUGAAUGCAAUCAAAACAUUCAUGGCAACGACUAAACGACCUGUAAUCCUUACAACAAGUGAUCCAACAUUUAGUUUAAUGUUUGACGGUUGCUUUGAAGAAAUCAAUUUCAGUGCUCCUUCCUUGCUGAAUGUUGCAAGCUACCUACAAAUGAUCUGCUUAACUGAAAAUUUUAGAACUGAUAUAAAAGACUUUGUAACCUUGUUAACUGCAAAUGCUUGUGAUAUUAGAAAAAGUAUCCUCUACUUACAAUUCUGGAUUAAAAGUGGAGGUGGAUUUUUAGAAGAAAGGCCAUUGACACUUUGCCGAGGAAAUAGCAGAAAUGUACAGCUAGUUUGCUCUGAAGACGGCCCUGAUUCCAAAAAUAACCUUAAAAAUACUAAAAAGAGUCAUGCAGAUGUUCCCAGAUGUGACACUGGCUGUGUUGAGACCUUCUUCGGCCUUAAGAACAUUUUUUCCCCUUCUGAAGACUUAUUUUCAUUUUUAAAGCACAAAAUCACAACAAAAGAAGAAUGGCAUAAACUCAUUCAGCUUCUUAGGGAAUUCCAAAUGCAGAACGUGGAGUUUUUAUAUAGUAAUCUUGAAUUCAUUCUACCAUUACCAGUUUGCAUCAUUCCAGAAACAGAAAACCUUUGUGGCUCCUCAGUAACUGUGGAUGCCAGUGCAGCAACAAAAAAUAUGAAAUGUCUUUCCAGGAAACAUUCUAGAGAGCAGCCAUCAAAAAAGUCAAAGAAAAAGAAACAAAGGAAAAAGAUGGUGAUCUUAGAUGAUAGUGACUUAUUUGACACUGAAUUGAGCUUUCCUGAUGAAUGUGUUAGCCUCUCCCCUGUGUCAUCUUCCUCAAAUUCAGAAGAAAGCAAAGCCAGAGGCAAAGAAAGCAAUCCAGAGACCAAGAAACUAAACAAAUGUCUUGAGUCUAACACUGCAUCUAUUUCUCAUCCUCCUAAAACACCAGCAGAAAAAAAAUGUUCUUCCCUUGUUUCUCAUUGUUUAAAUUCUCUCACUGAGUUCCUGGAUAACAUGUCCUUCUUAGAUGCCCUUUUAACUGAUGUAAGGGAACAAAAGGAAUUUGGUAAAAAUGACUUUAGUUGGACAAACGCAAAGGUUAAAAGUGGACUUUGUGAUGAGUUUAGUCUCGAGAGUAAUGAUGAAUGGACUUCUCAAAGCUCUGGAGAAUUAAAGGCAGCUGCAGAAGCUCUCAGCUUUACUAAAUGUUCUUCUACUAUUUCAAAAGCAUUGGAAACUUUGAAUUCUUGCAAGAAAUUAGGAAGAGAUCCAACCAACGAACUUACUUUUUAUGUUUCACAAAAGCGCAAGAAUGUAUACUUUAGUCAGUCAGCAGCUAAUUUAGACAGCGCUUGGAAGAGGAUAGCAGUCAUUAAAAGUGUCUUUUCUAGUCGAUCUCUUCUGAACCUGGGUAAUAGACAAGCUAGUAUAAUUGAAUACUUGCCAACUCUUCGAAACAUUUGUAGAUAUGAGAAGCUAAAAGAACAAGGAAAAAGUAAAAGAAGGUUCCUGCACUAUUUUGAAGGAAUUCAUCUUGACAUCCCAAAAGAGACUGUGAAUACUUUGGCAGCUGACUUCCCUUAGUAUUCUACAGAGAUGCCUUGUACAAAUUACUGUCCUUAAGAAGCUUUUUUAUAUUAUGUUGAUUUUCAUGGAAAGGUUUAUUUCUCUUAAUGUACAUUUAAAACAGACAAUUUGUAUAUUUUUUACUGGUGUGCAAAUAUUUAAGACAAAAAAACUUGAGUUAUAAAUUGUAUAUAUGAUUGUAGUAGUAUUUUUUUUUUUCCUGAAUUAUUUGUAUUAUCUGAUUUAGCUUUCUUGUAGUUUUUGUAUGUGAGUGAGGUGUUUCUGGAAGGUAGAAUUCACUAAAAUAUUCCUAAAGAUGUUUCAACGCUAAAUUAAUCUGUAAGUUUUCCCUUUCCUGUUAGACUUAAUCCACCCUUCUCCUUCUCUAACCAACCAAGUAUCAGUGCCCUGUCAAGUUGUAAGUAUGAAUCACAUAAUGGUAAUCUUUUAAAAAUAAUUUUACAUAAUACAAAUGUACAAUACAUAAGUAAUACAUAAGAAAACUUCCUAGGAAGAAAAUUAUGCUUCAUUUUUCAAAGAGUAAGAUCUUCCUGGUAUUUAUUUCUAGUAUAUUUCAACAGUGUAUUUUACCAUUAAAUCAUUGAAUGUUGACAAAGUAAAAUCAAGAUCAUGAAUUUAUAGUUUUCAUAAACCUUUUUUAGCACUCAUAUAUGUGAUAUCUUGUGUAUUUUGCCAACUCAAUUCAUUUGCCUUGUACUUUCUUGUUAUAUUUUUAUAUCACUGAUGUUUUCGUAAAGAUAUUAAUGACAUUAAUAUAUCUAUUUUGGACAAACUGCUACUCAUUAAAACUAAAAA